UGUUUGUCCCGCUUUAAAAUUUUUGUUCUUAAAAAAAUAUCUAAAUAAGCUGCAAUAUGGAACGAUACAAUCGCGCCUGGAGAGAUCCCGGAUCCCCGCUGACGCCAUUGACUCCGCUGUCCACACAGGUCUUCAAGUUUGACACCAAGGAGGAGUUGACGCCCACCGGCGGUGAUACCAUGGGCCGUAGGGGCCAUGGGGAAUUUCGGAGUUUGACUUCGAGUCGCCUAACUGUGCCAACACGUUUUUCGCAGUCAUUUUUGCGCACGCGGUCUGUUUUCUCGCCCAAUUCUCAGAGUACAGCAAAUGGCAGCAGCUAUUCGGCGGGUGGAGGAACAACUCGUAGUUCCAGCUCCCGUACCAGUAGAAAGAGCACUUUCUCUACCAAGGUGAAGCGAGAACCCGGCUUGAGCGACAGUUCCUACCCGCGGUUCAAGCACGGCUCCCCGGUGGAGCACCCCACACUGAGCCCGCGGGUGCGUUCGCUUCUGAACCGCACUGGCAACGAGCACCUCACGGAGAUGUUCACGCGUCAAGAAAUCGACUUAGAAGUUCUGAUCCAAAUGACACUUGACGAUCUUGAGGCUCUCGGGGUCCGUGGCGCCAGGGAAUUGAAACUAGCGAUGGAGGUUAUCAAAUUCGCCAAGAAAAUAUUUUGCUAAUUUACCACGUGGCGUACAUAAGUCCAUUUUAAUAUUGUGUUUUAUGUCAAUUUUACUUUCAUCAACAAUGUGUAUUUGUAUUAAAUGUUCAAUGUAAGGAAAGA